GGUGCCAGGGAAGGAGGGAGGAGCCCAUCACGCCUCGGGCUCGGGCUGGGGAGGCCGCCUUCGCGCUCGCCAGGUCUUGGGUCCUCUACGGGCCCUGUCAGCUGGGGCUUCUCGGUUCCUGAAGUGAGAUUGGGGCGCGCUCGGACGGCCCACUCAGAGCCGCAUCCUGGACCGCGUCCUACCCCAGAGAGCGGACGAGGUGGCGGCGAAGCCUCGGUAGGACCGCCUUGGGCCUCACGCCGAUCUCCCUGCUUGAAUAAGCCGGAUCCCAGCGCAUCCCAGGGGAGCUCUUGAAGAGGGAAGGAGCCCCAGUUUAUGUUUACGAAUUUAUCCCUCUCUAGCCCUCUCUAGUUUCGUGGUUAGAAUAGAGGGUUCAUCCCCAGGUUCUGGCUUUUGAUUGCUAACUUCAGGGACAGGGAUCAGUACCUCACAGAGCAGCCUAUUUUCAUUUUGGAGCGGACUAAGAUGUUCCUCACAGAACUUUCAUCGUCUGGUGUUACUCAGAGGGACGUUAAGCCAUUCCCAAUUUGGAAGACAGCUGCCAUCUACCCUCUCACACCCUUCUUUUGGGUUUAUGCUUCCAUGACCUUACACCUGGUCCUUAGGUGGCCUUCCAUUUAAGGCCAGUCAUUCUGGUCAUUCUCUUCUGGAUUCACUCCUAUUUUCCAGAGUCUCCCAAAACUGGGUUCCUAAAAUACAUUUGUAAGUAACACGGUUCUCAAGUCAGACAGACUUGAAUUCUAAUCCAGGGCUCUGCCAACUCAAGUAUGUGACUUUGGGUAUGCAAAGAAGCCUUUUCACACAGAUGUCCUUAGAGAUAAUAUGGAUGAGUCCGGAGUUCUCCUCUGGGUGAAAGCAGAACCCUUUAUAGUGGGCGCCUUGCAGGUCCCCCCUCCAUCCAAGUUCAGUCUUCACUAUCUCAGGAAGAUAUCCACCUAUGUGCGAACCCGGGCCACAGAGGGAGGUUACCCACGCCUGUCCUGGUCUACAUGGAGGCACAUUGCAUGUGGAAAGCUGCAGUUGGCUAAGGAUCUGGCCUGGCUUUACUUUGAAAUAUUUGAUAGUCUUGCAGUGAAGACACCGAAGGAGCGCCUGGAAUGGUCUGAGAUUCUGUCCAACUGCAUGUCUGAGGAUGAAGUCGAAAAGCAAAGAAAUCAGCUUUCAGUGGACACCCUACAGUUUCUGCUCUUCUUAUAUAUACAACAGUUAAACAAGGUCUCCCUGAGGACAUCUUUGAUUGGAGAAGAGUGGCCUAGUCCCAGACACAGAUCUCAGUCUCCUGACCUGACUGAAAAAUCCAGUUGUCAUAAUAAGAACUGGAAUGAUUACAGUCACCAAGCUUUUGUCUGUGAUCAUCUGUCAGAUCUCCUUGAACUGCUUGUAGAUCCAGAACAACUCACUGCAUCAUUUCAUUCAACCCAUAGUAGUCUAGUCUCUCGAGAAGCUGUUGUAGCACUCAGCUUUCUUAUUGAAGGUACAGUGAGUGGAGCCAGGAAGAUAUAUCCACUUUAUGAACUUGCACUGUGGCAACCACUACAUGCAGAAAGUGGCUUCUCAAAGACCUCUAAGGCCUUUUCUUUCUACAAGCUGGAAGCCUGGUUGAGAGCCUCUUUAACUGGGAAUCCAUUUGGUGUAUCUGCUUGCCUCAAGUCUGGGAAGAAAUUGGCUUGGGCUCACCAAGUUGAAGGGACGACCAAAAGAGCUAAGAUUGCUUGUAAUACUCAUGUGGCCCCUAGGAUGCACCGCCUGGUGGUGAUGAGCCAGGUUUACAAGCAGACAUUGGCCAAGAGCUCAGAUACUCUGGUGGGGGCACAUGUAAAGAUUCAUCGUUGCAAUGAGACUUUUGUAUAUCUGCUGUCUCCCUUACGAUCUGUAACAAUUGAGAAGUGCAGGAAUAGCACCUUCAUCCUGGGCCCUGUACAGACUGCUCUUCAUCUCCACAGCUGUGACAAUGUUAAAGUCAUUGCUGUUUGCCAUCGUCUGUCCAUCUCUUCUACAGUGGGUUGCAUCUUUCACAUUCUGACGCCUACACGCCCACUUAUUCUCUCUGGGAACCAGAGAGUAACUUUUGCCCCCUUUCAUACCCAUUACCCAAUGCUGGAGGACCACAUGGCCAGGACUGGCCUUGCUACAGUGCCUAACUAUUGGGAUAAUCCCAUGAUUGUGUGCAGAGAGAACAGCAGCACAAGUGUCUUCCGACUCUUAGCACCAUGUGAAUUCUAUGUGUUUAUUAUUCCCUUUGAAAUGGAAGGGGACACAACAGAGAUACCUGGGGGUCUUCCAUCUGCAUAUCAGAAAGCACUGGGCCAAAGAGAAAAAAAGAUACAGACCUGGCAGAAAACUGUGAAGGAGGCUCGUUUGACAAAGGAUCAAAGGAAGCAGUUCCAGGUACUUGUGGAAAACAAAUUUUAUGAGUGGUUGAUUAAUACAGGACAUCGUCAGCAGCUGGACAGUCUUGUGCCCCCUGCAGCAGGCUCCAAACAAGCAGCAGGAUAAGACUUCCUCAUCAAAACACUGGGCCCUGGAAGCAGGAGGAUGAAUGCAAGAUGGUGCACGUGUUGAAACUAAACUGGAAAGGUGCUCUUGCUGCUUAAGAGACUUUGGGGAUUUUUCUUCCUAUUUAAGACCUUUCCUUAAGUUUCCUUCCAAUGUCAUUUGCUACUGUUUACAUUGAAUUUUAGAUAAACUUCUAUUAUAUAAACAUAUAGUUUAUAGAACAUCAGAAGGCUCAUUUUGUGAUGCUAAAAUGAAAAAGUUGAUGAAGGCAUUGUAUAUAUGUUAAUAUUAAAGUGAUUGAGAAUAGGUUUUAUAGUUCUUUGUAACUAUUUAAAAGGAAAUUACUACUCCUUUUAGAAAAGAAUUGGAAUGAAGGUAUGAUUUUUGGAGUAUAAAUAUAGCAGGAAAGAUUUUAUACAAAGAUAUUUUAGUCCUUAAAGUAUGCAACAAUGAAACUGUAUAAAAUCUUUAUUUUUCAUUUCACUUUCUGCUUCAAAUUUUCAAUAAACAAACUCUAAAAAGUAAUCUUCUCCUUUCAGUAAAAAGAUAAAGCUUUACUUUUAAUUUUAGAAAAGAUUUCCAAUGUCAUUCUGUGAUGUUAUAUCAAAAUAAAGUUUACAUUUGAUGGGAAAGCUAUGUUCUUUAAGGUAAAACAGUUACCAGUUUAAUGAAUCUGAUUGCUGAUAAACAUUGUUUCAUAUGCUUUUUGGCCAUUUAAUUAGUAAUUAUAUCUAAAAGCGCUUGAUCUCUUAUUUCUAAAAUGAAAAUUAACCCUCAGAAUGUGUUUUAAUUAUAAUUGGAGUUUUUAUUUUAAACUUGCUUGAUGAAAUUCAAGCAAGGAGAGCAUUACCAAAUAAAGAAACACUGGAAUAAUAGAAGUGUCUUUUUGGAAACCGCUAUUGUUUAAUGAAAUUAAUGGUAUUAAUUAGAUACUUUCUUUAAAGUUUAUAAAGUUCAGAAAACUAAGCAUAUAACUUAAUACUUUGUAACCAACAGUCUUCAUAUCAAGGCACAUUUGUCAUUUUCUGGCUGACCAAAAUAUAUUUUAGGGGCAUCCCAUUUAUAAAAAUAUUUGCUGGAGGCUUUGUUAAGGGGAAAGGUGAGGAAGUUGGGCUUUUGAGAAGAAUAUAUUUGACCAGGAAAAUUAAAAUGGAGAAGAGUU